GGCUCGGUCGCGCGGCAUCCGCUGCCCCCCCCCCUCCCCCGCCCCCCCCGCAACCGCGCCCCUCCGCCGCGCCUCCGCGGCGCCUGCGGCGCGAGCGCGAUGGCCCAGGACGAGGAGCCCGCCGAGGACCCGGGGCCCGAGGAGUACGACAGCGGGCUCGUGGCUCCCGAGGACGAAGAGGAAGAGGAGGGCGAGGAAGAGGAGGAGGAGGACGAGGAGGCGGGGGCCGAGGGCGACGAGGCGGCGGAUGGCGACAAGGCCACCGCGGACGAGGUGCGCGCCAGCGAGGGCCUCAUCUACACUGCGAAGGAGGUCAACGACCAGGUGUUCGAAGAGCUGCGGCUGCCUGGGGGCCUCGCGGAGGAGGUGCAGAACACGUGGAACACGUUCCUGCGCUCCGCCGAGUCGCGCGAGGCGGCCGGGGAGGUCAUGGCCAUGCGCUUCAUGAACGGCCUCAACCAGAUCAUCGCCCAGCUUGGCGACCCCAGGUCCCUCAAGGUCGUAGUGGAGACACUCGGCUUCCAGCACCUCGACCUCGAGGUGACCGUACCGCGCGUCGUGAUGUUCCGCGACGCGAUCGUGGACUUGCUGCAGGUAGAGCUGGCCGGGCAGCUGACCCGCAGCGCACACGGCGGCUGGGACACCAUGCUGAAUUACGUAGGCGGUGCCUACAUCUACGUCCGCGUGAAGUACACCGACCGCCUCAAGAUCUUGGCCUCCAGCUGGGCCACCGCCAACAACAAGCAGGAAGAGCUCGAGGCGGUGGCCGAGGACCCCGAGGCCGCCGACGCCGAGGCCAAGGAGGGCGAGGUCGCCGCCGGCACUGCCUCGAACGAGGCUGGCCCGAACGAUGAGAAGGACAAGAUGAACACCUUCGCGGACAAGGAGAAGGCCGGCAAGAAGAAAAAGGAGAAGAGGCGCAGCUGGUUCUCCGGCGGCGGCGACGGGGGCACGGACUCGGAGACGCGGCACGGGAAGGCCAAGGACGCGAACGAGUCGGACGGGAGCAGCUUCAAAAAUACGUCCGUGCCGACGACCUACAACGAGAUGUUCGCAUUCAACGCGGCCGUCAUGGGCUUCGGUCAGAACCUAUGGAUGAACGAGGUCAUCGCGUCCUUCGACACUAUCGUGACGAACGUCUCCAACUCGUACCGCCUGCAGGAGGAGUGCGACGUGCUGUCGCUGCGGCUCGCGAAGUACAGGGGCACCGUGAACCUCUCGGAGUACAAGGCCGUCAUGCUGGCCUCCUUGCGCUCUCUGGUGCCGAAGGACUGGAACUCGAAUCACGAGGUCGCUUGGUCCUGGUUAUGGGAGAACGUGGAGCGCAUGCUCAAGGCGCUCAUGGGCAGGCCAGCGCAGAUGGAAAGGUGCCUCGACCGGCUCUGGUCUGGCCUCGACGAGUCCUCCCAGGCUUUCGUGCGGCGCGAGGUGUACUCGAAGUUCUUCGCCUUGGCUCCCGCCGGACUUCUUCAAGCAGUCCACCACUCGGCUCCACUUCAUCGCGGACCGCAUCGUCUCCAUGACGCUCGAGAUUUACAAAGAUCCCAAGAAGAUGGUCGAGGACAUAUCCGCCCUCGGCCUGAGGCACGUCGGUUACGGGAUUCCCACGGAGCUCUUCGGGCCGUUCGUAACUGCGUGCGUGCAGGUGGUGCGCAGUCUCACCGACGACGACGGCGCCGAGGAGGCUUUCCGAUGGUCCCUCAGCCUCAUCUCGCGCAUCCUGACGCGCGUGAUCACGGAGGGCUCCACCAUCGUCAUGAAGGCCAUCAACAUGAACAGUGGCGCGCAGGUCCGCAAGGCCGUGGGCUGCGCCCCGCGCGGCAAGCGCGCCAUGUGGAUGCUAAACAUCCAGGUCGGGACCCAGUCGAUAUCCCCCCUGCUCUGGGCGAUCGAGACGGGCAGCCUCGAAGCCGCCAAAGCGAUCAUCCAGGACCAGACCUCCUUACAAUACGGGCGGACCGGGACCGCUACUACUACGGGCUCGACACCUUGUUCGAGCGCCACGAAGACAUCGUAAGGCGCCUCUGCAUCGACGCCCCCGCACUGCUCCCCGCCCUCCUGGAUGGCCUCGUGUGGCGCUCGCGCACCACCGAGAACGGCAGCCGGCGCUGGGAGCCCGCGGACUACAUCAAGCAUCUCGUGGUGGAUUCCAACGGGGACUUCGCGCAGGCGGUGGAGUGGAUCACGGAGAACGGCGAUCCCAAGCUCGUGUGCCACCCAGUCGUGGCGAUGGUGACGGAUACCGUAUGGGGCCGCAUCGCGUUCCGCACGUUUUUGAUGAACAAGGUUUGGGUGCUCGUCACGUUGUGCGUCUUCGUCGUUGGCACCGGCGGCCUCAAGCACGAGAGCAGGGACGAGGGGAACCGCAUGGUUGUUUUCUGUUGCCGUGCCUUUAUCUACCUGCUGAGCCUGGGGCAGUGGCUGUAUUACCACAUGAAGAACAUUUGCCGCGACGUGCGAAAUAAGGCAUACAUGAAGGUUGGACAUGUGCAAGUUCCGGCCUAUCUCGAGAACUACCAGGAUUGGGCCAGCCUAUUCUUGACGGUGGUCCUAUUGGCCAUGCUUGGGUUGGAGCCUAUCUUGCACUGCUUCCCACACAAAGACGAGGACUUCGAAGGUUCGGGGCUGUUCACAGAGGAGUGUCCCCAGGCGGAGACCAUGAGCGCGGUGUUCGCGCAGCUGAGCGCGAUUGCCACCCUCGUAUACUUCAGCCUCAUCAUCGACCUCUCGGUAUUCUCCACAAGGGUAUCCGCUUACGUGCUGAUAUGCUACCGCGUGCUGUCGGAGGUGUACCUGUUCGUGAUCGGCCUGAGCUUCGUGAUCUUGGCGUGGAGCUGCGCGGUGAGCGCGCUUGAGCAGGAUAACGACGACUUCUCAGGAAUCCCCGCCUCCGCGCUGUCGCUGCUGAAGGUAGCGCUUGGAAUGUACAAUGGUGAGAGCUUCCACACCAUGAGAGGAGAGCCCAUGCUCCUGAUCGCGGUGGUGGCGUACGUCAUCGUGAGCGCCGUGUUCCUGCUCAACCUUCUCAUCGCGCAGCUCAACUGCUCGUACCAGUCGACCUAUCAGGACAUGGUCGGGUACGCCCGCCUGAACCGCGGCAAGAUCGUGACCGAGGCUAUGCUCGUAGUCUCCGAGAAACGCUGGAGAGCGUUCGUCGACUCGAUGCACCUGGACGAGCGGUGCGAGUUCGGCGAGGGCGACAUCGGAUUGGCUGGCGGCAUCCAAGUGCGCGAGGCCGCAAAUGUUAACAUCACCACCUUCGACAUGAUCCGCCGAUUCGGCGGAUCCACGUCGGUCUUAGCGCAGUGGCCGGAGGAUGACCUUCUGACGAACGACGAGGAGGACCGCUUCGAGCGGAUGGAGAAGGUGAUCGCGAAGGCCAUGAAGCGGAUGAGCUCGAGCGGCGACGCCAAGGGGAAGGGCGGCAGGACCUCUGGGACGGGCGGCUCCGGGACCGGCGGCUCAGGCAUUGGCGGCAGCGCCAACCUGGGCGCCUCGGGCAGCGGCUCCGCUGGCGAGGGCAGCGUCCACGAGAGCGAGCACUCGGGCGACGACUGAAGCGGCUCGCUGGGAGGCCUCCAGGAGGAGGGGA